AUGAAGUUCAAUUUUUGGUUUGUUGCCUCCGCGGCGGUAACUCUUAGCCAGUUUACCUCCGCUAAAGAGGCUUCAUCCUAUCGAUGUUGUACUCAACUUGCCAAGGCUGGUCUCAUCGACAAGAUCCUUUACCCGAAGCAAGCGCCCUAUGAGCAGCGUAUGAACUCAUACUGGAGUGAAAGUGCUGCGCUAGCCCCGUACUGCAUCGCCUUGCCUGGAUCAGCCGAGGAUGCGUCCACUAUUAUGAAAGUUAUCGUCAAGAACGAUUGUCAAUUCGGUAUCCGAGGUGGCGGCCAUGGCUCCUUUCCCCUGUCCAAUUCAAUCUCUGACGGGAUUACGAUUGAUCUCGGUUACAUGAACAAAACGGUCUACGAUGAGAAGAGAAACCUGGCAUUGGUUCAACCUGGCGGGCACUGGCAAGACGUGUACGACACACUCUCCCCUCAUGGCGUUACUGUCGCAGGUGGUCGUGCUGGAACCGUUGGUGUUGGUGGUUUUGUGACAGGAGGUGGCAAUUCGUUUCACAGCGCGAGCCAUGGAUUCUCGUGUGACACCGUUGCCAACUUCCAGGUGGUGUUGGCGAACGGCACCAUCGCCAAUGCAAACGCCACUCACAACGCUGAUCUUUGGCAAGCGAUGAAGGGGUCGUCGGGAAACUUGGCCCUAAUUACUCGUAUUGACAUGUAUCCUAUUGCUUUCGUCAACAAGUCGAAUCCUGUGAUUUGGGGUGGCAACCUUCUCUAUGAUGAGUCCAAGGGCGAUGCCGUCAUUGAGGCUCUUGUCGAUUUCAACGAAAACGUCUACAAGGAUGAGAACAGCAGCUCCAUUGUCUAUUGGGCCUACCUUCCUUCUCUUGGAGGUACCAUUGUCAAUGCUGCCGUCGAGAACACCAAAGCGGAAGUUAAGCCUGCCGCUUUUGAUGGCUACUAUGCCGCGAAGCCGUCGAGCGACACGACGGAGGUUGAGCAAAUGUCGGCUGUUACCAAGGCACUUGGGUCUGGGCAGCCACCAGGCUUUCGAAACAUUUGGUUCACCAGUACAUUUUCCAAUAACGCAGAGAUCAUGAAAUACACAGUGGAAAAAUACAACAAGCUCAACGAGAAGCUUGAGGAGCUCAUGCCUAGUGGCGAGUCUGGCCUAAACACGCUAUGCAUGUUUCAACCUAUCACCCAGAGCCACACCCAGAAGGGCGUUCUCAACGGCGGCAACGUGAUGGGCUUGGACAAAUACACGGAAGACGGCAAUUUAAUCCUCUUUCUGGUUACGUGGGCCGCGCGCGAGGUGGAGAAUGAGGAGGCCGCAUUCCCUCUGAUCAAGGCCUACAUCGAAGACAUCGAGACUAAGGCCAAGGAACUGGGCGCAUUAUGCCCGUGGAAAUUUGUCAACUACGCGCAUCUAUCCCAGGACCCCUUGGCGACCAUCGGCGAUGAGGCUCUGGCUAAGCUACAGGCUGCUAGUCAAACAUGGGACUCUACGGGUGUUUUUCAGUCAUUGAGGCAAUCUGGUUUCAAAAUUCCAGCACAAGUUGGGGAAGAAAAUGAACAAAGCCAUAGGUGUUUGGGACCAGGGGCUUCGUGUUAUCAUUUUGAGCUUUGA